CCCCUCCUGCUCUCUGCGUUGAGCCGACUCAGAGCUCAGUCUGUGCAGCUGCUUGUGGCUAGACGCAGCCGUGUGGACUCCUGGAGGCUCCAGGAGAUAGAAAACGAGAUGCCCUCGCUGCUGAAAUGGUCUUCUCUGCCAGUGGCAGGCAUGGUCUCGGAGUUAAAGUUCCCAGUUCCUUGGGGCCACAUUGCAGCCAAGGCCUGGGGAUCCCCGCAAGGCCGUCCUGUGCUCUGCUUGCAUGGCUGGCUGGACAAUGCCAACACCUUCAACAGACUCAUCCCAUUGCUCCCUAAAGAUUACUAUUACAUGGCAAUGGAUUUUGGGGGCCACGGCCUGUCAUCCCACCGGCCCGCGGGCUUUCCUUACCACUUCCUGGACUACGUGAGCGAGAUCCGCAGGGUGACAGCAGCCUUGAAGUGGAGUCGAUUUACUCUAAUGGGCCACAGUUUGGGUGGGAGUGUCGCAGGAAUGUUCUCCUGCAUUUUCCCUGAGAUGGUAGAUAAGCUGAUCCUGGUGGAAUCUUAUGGCUUCUUCCCAGCUCCUCAGGAAAGUGACGCAUGGCUGAACUCUAAGAGGAAGGUGAUUGAACGUCUCCUGAGUCUGGAGGAGAACAAGCACCAGCCCCCUAAAAUACGCAGCCCCCAAGAAGCACUGCAGAGGCUAUUACAAGCCAACAACCACCUGACAGAGGAGAGUGGGAGGAUCUUACUACAGCGAGGAGCGACUGAGGUGCCGGGAGGCCUGGUGUAUAACAGAGACAUGAGAGCCCUUACGCACAAUCAAGACUCCCUGACUCUGGAGCAGUGUGUGAGCUUCUUGAACAAAAUCCAGGCCAGUGUCCUAAUGAUCAUAGCACAGGAUGGAAUUUUUAAUCCUGAAGCUGAAAACGUGAGCCAGAACUUUGUGAAGCUCCUGCGGGAAGCAUUCCAGUCCAACCUGAAGCACUUCCAGUUUGCUGAGGUGACUGGGAAUCAUUUUGUCCACCUGAAUGAGCCUGAAGUAGUGGCUGGGCUCAUCAACAUCUUCCUGAAAAGGGACCAGAGCUCCAAAGCCAGGCUGUAGCCUGGAUUCCUGCAUCAGGGCUUGGCUACCAGCUUUCCAGGGCAGACAGCAGCAGAGACAAAAGAGGACAAGGAGCUUAAUAGCCUCGCAUGUGAGACAAGACAGCACUGUUACCUGGCUGGGCCCUGAAGUUUUGCUCAUUACAUGAUUUUCAUCCCUCUCGAGCCCAGUGGCUUGGAAUGGCAAAAGACCCUGUCUCAGCAAACAGGCACAGAGGACUCUUCGCCAGGAAGAGCUGAGCAAAUUGUUGUGUGUUCAAAUGGAGACGGGGAGGAGUCCCACCUCAUACUUCCACUUCACGUGUUACAACAGCAGCUUCUGGAUUUAAGAUCCACUUCCCUGUUAAACCUGGUGCAGUUUCAUCAGCAGGAAGCAAACCCCCUUGCUUUGUUUUGGUGAUGUGCUGCCUUGGAAAGGACUGGGAGGGGUAAGCCAGGCACUUCCCCGCCAAUACUGACAGCUUAUAAUAGAUAUGGUGUUUACAUAUACAUGAGAAGUGAGUUCUUUGAUACUGUAUGACAUUCCACCUCUCUUCACCCUGUACCUGCCUCCUAUAACAAUUCUGCAUCUCUCGUUUC